AUGCCUACCUAUCCCAUUCGUCGCCGUCCUCGCGAGUGCAAAACCUGCCUGCCAUGUCGGGCCAGCAAGGUCCGCUGCGAUCGCAACGUGCCCUGCGGAAACUGCGUCAAGCGCAACUUCAACUGUUCCUACGGUCGCCCGCCCCCGUCGAUCCCCAAGCCGGCCCUGGUUCCCGAGCCUUUCCCUACGGUGGCCUCGACGGCCUCUACGCCCCAAUAUUCCGCCACCUACCUGUCCACCGCGCGAGACGUACCCUACGGUGCCGAGCCCUCCGACGACCCGCUGUCCGACACCGUCACCGUGUCGCAGCUGGAAUGGGACGAGAUCAACUCCAAGAUGCAGGCGAUGGAGCAGAUCCUGUCCAGUCUCCAUUCCUUGUUCCAGUCCCAUUCCGCUCGCCGGCCCGCCGAGCCUCAGUCCGAACUGUCGACGACGGACGAAAAGCCGUCUCCGGCCACCGAGGGGAUAUACGGAGCCGACGCUUUGAGAACGGGCCCGGUACAUAUUGGCUCCCGGUCGGCGUUGGUGGAUAUAUUGGAUAAGUCGAAACGGUCGGACGGCACGGCGGACGCCCUCCCCAAGGAUGACCUCCUUGCAGAGCUGGCGAUGGGGAAUGAAUCCGCCGCAUAUCCCUUCGUGGAUCUGUGGUCGUCGGACCCGUAUACCUUCAAUAUUGCAGGCGUGUGCGGUGUGCUGCCGGAUGACGAGCAAUGUCGAAAGUUUCUAGGGUUUUACCGGGAUAUCGGUGCGGUUCUGUAUCCCGUGCUUCCGGACGUCGCCAAGUUGGAGGAUGCUAUGAAUCGGUUACUUCGAGGGAGGUUGGCCGCGGGUGGUGUCUAUCGGCCUGACGCAAAUGGGUUGAUGAAGCCGUUCGGCAUGAGCAUAUCUUUCCUGAGUCUGCUGUUUGCCGUUCUCGCGUCGGGGUGCCAGCUGUCCGAUCUGUCGGCGAGCCAAAGAGAGUUAACCUCAUGGGUAUAUGUGUCGUGCUCGUAUCAGUGUCUGCGUAUGAUGAACUAUGUGUCCCAGCCGACCAUCGAAGCUAUCCAGGUCUUAUUGAUCAUCAGCAAUGUGCUGUCAUAUAACAUGAAUGCCGGCGCCUCAUAUACGUUACUCGGAAUGACGGAGCGGAUGUGUAUGGUGCUUGGUCUUCACGUCGAAACCUCGGGUUUUUCACCAGCUGCCCAGGCCAUACGGCGAAGGUUAUGGUGGACAAUGGCGUUCCAAAAUAGUCAUUUCUCGCUGGCAUACGACCGGCCGUCGAUCACCAUGGUUAGCCAGCCGGAAAUCGCCUAUGACCCGAAGUCGAUGCCGGGCCACCGCUCUUACUUUGAAACGCUGUGUCGGAUUAUCUCGGUCGUGCUGGAGAUGCUGCGGGAACUGAUGUUCUCGCACCAUUCGCACCUGCGAUACCAUGAAAUCCGCGACUAUAAGCACCGCAUCGAGCGCAUUAUCACGGAAGCGGCGCCACAUCUGCGGUAUCCCGAGCGUUGUACCACUUUGGCGGAGAACAUUGAACGGACGGAGUUGCGCCUACACUCCUCAUACUACAUCUCGGUUAUGUGUCGUGUGGCACUGGAUCCGGAUACCUCGAUGGACGAACACCGGCGCGACAUCAUUCGCAACGACUGCUUAAUCAAUCUGAUCAACACGAUCGAGGCGUUCGUCGAGCUCCACUCGGUCAAUCCCCACUGUUCGCGCUCCUGGAUCAGUCUGCAGCGGUCGAUCGCGUCCGCUUUUCUUCUGGUAGCAAAUAACAAUGACCAGAUCCACACGCAUACGUGGGAUCUGAUCCAAAAAUUAGAGCGGGUUCUCGCCGACCAUGUAUACGCCGAUGGUGAACCCGGCCAAAACGUCCGGACCGACUCGGCGAAACAUCUUGCGACGUCGCUGCGAGCGCUUCGAGAGGUGAGCGCCGCGUUUCACUUUCGGCGGAAAGGAGCGUCAGCGCCGGUCACGGCGAAUGUCACUCCCAUUUCGCCCGCCACGGUGCUCACGUCCCCGGCAUCGGUCAACAUCGGUCCUAGCGAUUCGUCGCGUCUGCCGCGGCACGAUGCACAACCCGAGAAUGGCCAUAUCGGCGACAUUCUCAACCGGGUGUCGGACGUGAUGCUUUUCCCGAGCAUGAACAUGGGGAAUGCAUGA